GCAGCCAGGCGGUCGAGAGACGAUCUGCGAGUCGGAGGGCGGCGGAAUCGGGCCGAACUUCACCGACCAGAGACCCUCUUCGACUAGCAGCUGCAGGUUGUCUCCGCAUAGAUGGCGGGAAAAAUCUCGAAAGACGAGCUGGAGGAGCUGCGGGAAGCCUUCAGGAAAGUAGAUGUGAGCGGCGAUGGCUUCAUCUCCGAUCAUGAGCUCCACGACCUGUUCAAAGAGGCCAACCUGCCAUUGCCUGGCUACAAAGUCCGGGAGAUCAUCGAGAAGCUCAUGGUGCAGGGUGACCGCAACAAGGACAACAAGAUCAGCUUUGAUGAGUUUGUGUCUAUCUUCCAAGAGCUGAAGAGCAGUGACAUCGCCAAGAGUUUCCGGAAGGCCAUCAACAGGAAGGAGGGCAUCCUGGCCAUUGGGGGCACGUCGGAGCUCUCCAGCGAGGGCACGCAGCAUUCCUACUCAGAGGAGGAAAGGUACGCCUUUGUGAACUGGAUCAACAAAGCUCUGGAGAAUGACCUGGACUGCAAGCACGUGCUGCCCAUGAAUCCCAACAACAAUUCGCUCUUCAAGGCUGUGGCCGACGGCAUCGUGCUCUGCAAAAUGAUAAACCUGUCGGUACAGGACACGAUUGACGAGAGGACAAUAAACAAGAAGAAGCUAACGCCGUUCACGACUCAGGAGAACCUGAACUUAGCCCUGAACUCGGCCUCUGCCAUCGGCUGCCACGUGGUCAACAUCGGAGCCCAGGACCUGCGCGAGGGCAAACCGCACCUUGUUCUCGGCCUGCUCUGGCAAAUCAUCAAGAUCGGCCUGUUUGCUGACAUUGAGCUGAGCAAGAACGAAGCACUGGCGGCAUUGCUACGGGAAGGCGAGACCCUCGAGGACUUGAUGAAGCUCUCCCCAGAGGAGCUCCUCCUGCGCUGGGUCAACUUCCACCUGGAGAACGCUGGCUGGAGCAAGAUCAACAACUUCAGUUCGGACAUCAAGGACUCGAGGGCCUACUUCCACCUCCUCGACCAGAUAGCGCCCAAGGGCACCAAAGAAAACGAGCCUUGCCUGUUCAUCAACAUGUCCGGCUUCAGUGAGAAGGAUGAUCUGAAGCGAGCAGAAUACAUGCUCGAGCAGGCGGACCACCUUGGCUGCCGGCAGUUCGUCACCCCGGCCGACGUUGUCAGCGGCAACCCGAAGCUCAACCUGGCCUUUGUGGCCAACCUUUUUAACAAGUACCCCUCGCUGACCAAGCCGGAGAACCAGGACAUCGACUGGGGGCUUCUGGAAGGUGAGACGAGAGAGGAGAGAACCUUCCGCAACUGGAUGAACUCGCUGGGUGUACAACCACAUGUGAACCACCUAUACGGUGACCUGCAAGAUGCGCUGGUCAUCUUGCAGCUGUACGAGAAGAUCAAGGUGCCGGUGGACUGGAACAAAGUCAAUAAGCCACCCUACCCCAAAAUUGGUGCCAAUAUGAAAAAGCUGGAGAACUGCAACUAUGCUGUGGAGUUGGGGAAGAAGCAGGCCAAGUUCUCCCUGGUGGGCAUCGGCGGGCAGGACCUCAACGAUGGCAAUGCCACUCUCACCCUGGCUCUCGUGUGGCAGCUCAUGAGUAGGUACACACUGAACGUACUCGAAGACCUGGGAGAGGGAGGAAAAGCAAAUGAUGAAAUCAUUGUCAACUGGGUCAAUAAGACUUUAGCUGGAGCAGGCAAGAAAACCAAAAUAGCAAACUUUAAGGACAAAGAGAUCAGUACCAGUCUGCCAGUUGUUGACCUGAUUGACGCCAUUCAGCCUGGCAGUGUCAACUACGAACUGGUGAAGACAGGCACCCUUUCCGACGACGACAAACUCAAUAACGCCAAGUAUGCUGUCUCCAUGGCGAGGAAGAUUGGCGCUCGCGUCUACGCCCUCCCUGAGGAUCUCGUAGAGGUCAAGCCCAAGAUGGUGAUGACAGUCUUUGCGUGUCUGAUGGGCCGGGGAAUGAAGAAAGUGUAAACGUGGGAGGGGAUCCUCCAAUGGCGCACUCAGAACCAACAUCUUGCCCAAAAGCCAAUUGCUGGAUAAAAGGCUUCUGGUUAAAGGAAUCAAUAAGAAGCAUCAUUAAGAAGCAUCUCAAUUUGCUCGGCUGGAAUCACGGAGGAGGGUGGGAGCGGUGGGGUCGGGGGGGGGGGGGUGAUAGGGAGUAAACACAAUAGUUAAGGUCUGUACUCGAGUUCUGAUGGUUUAGACGUAGAAGGUACACAUUGAAAUGCAUAACUUGCGCAACACGACAACUCUGCAUAUAGGUUCAUAUUUGCCUGAGACACCUGUGUAUUUUUAUCUGCAUAUUUGAUUCUUCAGGGUAUAUCGAGAAAGAGAUAUCAUUUGUUGUGUGAAACUGAGGAUUGGGGUUAUUUUUAUCCGAGACCAUUUAGCAGAUGUCAAGGGAAGAGCUUUGCGAAGUGCGAGCGUCGCUCACCAAUCGCAGUAUUGCUCCACCGCAGUGCUCUUCUGCCUUUGCCACCAUUCCAGAGGAUGCUUACAGUCUUAUUUUUGAUAUGCAACCACAGUUAACCAAAACUUACAAAGUGCCUCCUCCCCUGGCAGAAGCUUUCGUACAUUUCCUAGCUAAGAACGCAUUUUAGUAUGUGCCUCGCAUACAUGUAUUCUCAAAACGUGCUUUUUACAGAAAGUAAAUAAAAAUGAUGAAAAGAAAAA